AUGGCCGGCACAGCACUCUCACGAAAAGCCCAACGCGCUUUGAAAAAGGUUAGAAAGACUGACGCCACCAAAGAGAACAGCCCCCUACAGACUCAAAUGGAGACAAAUAAAGAGUCUCGGUCGCGCUGCAGCUCUCCCAAGAACAACACUACACCCCUUCUUCUCACGCCAGCCAAGGUGGCUGCGCCUAUCCUCUCCCCCGCCUCCAUGGACAAAGCUCAAAUCGUUGGUGGCCACGAUCUUCCCUGUGUCAACCGACGCAUACAGGAAGAAUCGUUGUGGGACGGCGACGAGGAUUUCAACCCAUUCUGCUCGCCACCGCCCAGUUACGGAGCGUUCGGCCAGUAUUCCACUUUCGAGACUAUUCCGGCCCCACUCAGUAUUCCGGCUCACUCGUCCAUCUUUCGAAUCGCAUACCACCAGGAGUUCCCCUCGUUGUACCACAGCAACGAUAUUUGUCGGCCUGUUGAGCAAAUCACACGCUUUCAAGUCCUCGAACUUCGAGGUGAGGGAUCCUUUGGCAUCGUCGUGUCUGCUCGACAGCAGCAUGACGGACGGGUUGUGUGUAUCAAGAUGUGUAACGUGAAGGGAAAUCAGAGGGACGAGUAUGCGGUGUGCAUGAGGAAUGAGAUGGAAGUACGCAGGAGAUUACGCGGGGGUAGAUUUAGUCCUUUCGUGUUGGAAACAGUUGCGCACUGGACGAAUGUCGACUUGUCGUACCUGGUGAUGCCAUUCAUGUGCGGGGAUUUGCAAGGCUUGUUGGAGCAUCCGAUCACCAUCUCACAACUCAAAACAUACAUACUCCAAAUGCUCUCUGGCAUCUCACAUCUCCACGACCGCGGCAUAAUCCACGGCGAUAUUAAACCAUCCAACGUCCUCCUUGUCCCAAAUCAUUCCCCCACAUCCACCGACAUCCCAUACUAUAUCACCAUAACCGACUUUGGAUUGUCCUACAUCCAUCCGUAUGACGGGCCCAUCCCCAGCCUCUUCCCUCCAUCCUAUCAACAAUCUGAUUUCGGCUCUUGCUUUAAUUUGGGAUGUAGGGGCGAAAGGUUCGUCGUGCCGCUGAGUACUGCCACUGGUGGUACACCCAUCUUCAAGGCUCCUGAGCUGUAUAAUAUUCAAGUCGAUCAGGAGGGAUGGCUGGAUGAUAUAUAUGGAAUGAGUAACGUUUGUAUGCGUUCAGUGGUCCAUGACUUGACAGGGACAGGGGCGGAGGAUGCAUCGGGGUAUGAUCAUACGGUCGAUUAUUGGGCGUUGGGGGUGACGCUGUAUCAGCUCAUGACCAGCAACUUUCCAUUCGAAGGUUCGGACCACCAAACUCUCCGUAUGAGUUUGAUCAAGUAUUGCCAGCAUCCGUUGACCCAUACGGGCCAAUACUGGGCGAAUAUGGGAGAUCGAUUCCCUGCGGAGGUUGCGGAAGUUUUGACGUUUUUACUUCAUCCCAGCCCAGUUCAACGUCUCAAAUGCCGAAACCUCGCGAACCUCGCUUUUUUCGACUGGAUCGGAGAAGUUGACCCUGAAUGGGAAGAGAAGGGGGAACAGGUUGCUUGCUGGAACCUGCUCGUGAACGAAGCGUAUAUGCAGGAGACCUACAUGCAUUUAGUAUAG